CUCAAACAUAAUCGUAGUUUACUAAACUAAUCUCAUUAAAAUAAGAACCGAUCUCACUUCCCCAUCUUCCAUUAUCUGCCUUUCUCUCUCUGCGCAAACUCUUUCUGUUUCUGUAGAACAAGUAAAAAAUGGCUGCGUCUGUACAAUGUAGGCCACAAGAUAGAAGUCUUGGGAUGGUGAUGAAGGAGAUAGAGGGGGAUCUUGCUACGUUCCUUGAGAUGCGGAAGCGGGAAAAGGAGAGGAAUGGUCUUCUUCUCAUUGAGAAUAAUGAUGGAUUUGAUCAUUCAGCAGCAUCAAAUCCUGAUAAUUCAGUCGUAUCAGAUGCAAUUUUCAUAGAGACUACACAAACAACUCCUGCUGAUAAUUUUUUCGCUGCUGUGAGCGAUAAAAGUGAUUAUGAUUGGCUUGUUGCAUCACCUGAUACUCCUUCCUUACCUUUGCCGGAGCUGGAGGUACAAAAUGCUGACAGUCAGACUUCAAUUACAGAGGCUCUAAGUACCGCUGAAAUAUUCAAGCCAGAAAACCUACCUGAUGAACCUUCUUCAGCAAACACCACAUCUGCUCAACUGAUUACAUCAACUAGUAAACACUCCUCUGCUUCAAGAAAUAAAAGGUCUUCAUUAUCAGAGGGGCAAAAACCAACUGCUUCUAGAUCUGCAACUCCAACUAGGAAGUCAGGCUUACUUUCAGCAUCAAAACCCUCGAGAUCAUCCACACCCACUUCAAGAGGCGUUGCUGCUUCUGCAAAGCCUGUGGUUCCUAUAGUGAGAUCCUCAACUCCUACAAGAGCUACUGCUCGCUCUUCCACACCAACUUUGAGCUUAAGAUCUGCGUCUAAGUCAGAAUCGAGGUCUGCAAGACCUACGUGUAAAGCUUCAACUCCAUCAAGUGCAACUAGUAUGUCUGCUGCUGGUCGGUCUUCUUCAGUGACAAAGACAGUUCCAACAACGGUAAAAAGUUCAGAAACAUCAUGUGGUACUACUCCUCCAGUCAAGUCUCGGCCUAAGAAGACAGCUGAGAAGGCUGUUUUUUCAUCUAAUGCCCCUCCAAAUUUGAGAAUGGCAGUGCCUAAAAGGCCUUCUUCCGCAUCCAGAGGAAGACUGACUGCAUCUAGUUGCCUAUUGUCUUCGAGCGACUCUAUCGCUGGGAGACCGAGACAGAAGUCAUGUUCUCCUUCACGUGGGCGAGUCAAUGAUGGUGCUUUUAACCAUGAAAUCACUAUAUUUUCUAAGAGUCGAGGAUACUCCAACUGUAAUGACAGUGUGAAUCCAGUUUUGAUUGGUACCAAGAUGGUUGAAAGAGUAGUGAACAUGCGGAAGCUAGCUCCUCCUAAACAUAAUAACUAUGAAUCCCAGGAUAACUCCUCAGGGAAGUCUUCUUUGUCCAUUGACAACUCAGGCUUCGGAAGGUCACUGUCAAAAAAGUCAUUAGACAUGGCUAUACGGCAUAUGGAUAUACGAGGCAUAUCCCGUAAUCUAAAGACAAUAGUAACAAGUCUUCCAGCUUCUAAAUCUGGCUCAACAAAAAGCAGGACCACCAGUCUUUCAGACUCUCCUCUUGCCACAUGCAGCACUGCUAGUUCCGAGCCCAGUGUUAACAAUGUUGCCAAUGUGUUGGAUGGUAGUGAUAUUGAUGUUAAUGAUAUUGGCUGUGAAAGGGAGUCCUUGCCCCCUACCAGUUAGUGGAAUUAGCAACCUGAGGCAGUUGAGGAUGUGUUUACAGCUGCUCCAGACUCAGUAUCUUCCCUCCAUCAUUUAGUGGGAUUAGCAACCAGGUGCAGUUAAGGAUGUAUUUACUGGGUAUUUCAACAUUAGAUCAUUUAUAUUCAACCCUUCUUCAGGUGUUGGUGAUUUUCCCUAUAAUAUAGACUCCUUGGGAUAUUCCAUGCGGAUAUAUUUUUUUGGAUCCUUUGCAACAUCAUGGGAAAUUGUAUACUAUCUAUAGCUCUAAAUUUUGACUAGAUGUAUGAAUAGUCUCUGUAAUUAUAA